CUUUGGCACGCUACCAACUCUUGUCGUGUCUCUUGGCAACUGCAUCCUGUUUCGUUGUCUACAAUGAAGGCUACUUUGAAGGGCAAAUACGACGUCGAUAAAAACGGCGCUGCGGCAGCCACUUUCGCCGUCAACGCCGGCGACAUCAAACUCAAAGCUUCCGUUACAGAAGCCACCUUCAUUAACGGUCCCAGCCUAACCGGCUUGGCUUUAGCCGUGGAGAAACCCGGCUCCUUCAUUGUCGAUUACAAUGUUCCCAAAAAGGACUUUCGGUUUCAGUUUAUGAACACCGUUAGGGUUGCGGAGAAACCGUUGAAUUUGACAUACUCACACAGCAGGGGCGACAACAGGACCGUUUUGGACGGAACGUUUGUGUUGGAUCCUGCGAACAAGGUUUCUGCUAAUUACGCAUUUGACUCGGGAAAUUGCAAGUUGAAGUACACUUAUGUUCAUAAGGGGUUGACCACGUUUGAACCCUCCUAUGAUGUUGCUAAGAAUUGUUGGGACUUUGCUGUUUCGAGGAGGGUUUAUGAUGAUGAUUCCUUGAAGGCCGUGUACCAGACAUCGAACAAGGUUUUGGCACUUGAGUGGUCACGGAAUUCCAAACACACUGGUUGCUUCAAGAUUGUGGCAUCUGUUAACUUGGCUGAGGAAACGAAAGUUCCCAAACUUAUUGCUGAGACCGCAUGGAAUCUUGAGAUGUAGUUGGCCUCCAAUAUAUUGUCUCAAUCUCAAUUGCUUGAUAGGUUUACUGUCAAGUUUUGAUGGUUUUAUCCGUCACCAUUGGGCAUAUUUUGCCUUUGAAUUCUUUAUCUUUGAAAGUGAUUUGAUCAUGUUAUUGUUAUGAGCAUCUCUGUGGCCUUAUUUGUCCACCUACAACUUCCCAUUUUUGAAUUAUUCCAAUUCCAAUAUUUACCUCACUUUGCAGAAAUCUGUAAUUUGCCUGCCUAUAAUACGGGCUCGUUUAUUCUCAUAAGGUUAUUCAAUACACCUUUUCUUUUGUACCUUUCCUUUUUCUAUACCUGCGAGAAUGGUUCGAAGGAUAAUCUUGCUCUGUUUGGAGCUUAUGAUUAUGAUUUCAUUGCAAGUUU